ACUGUAUAUUGAGGGCUCUGGGUUGAGCAUAACAUCCCCAGUGGCGUCAUAACAGUGCGACAGCCAAAACUUCAUCAUGGCCGAAGCUGAGUCAAACAAGGUUAUCAAAUUAGUUCCUGAGUAUCUGUUGAAAAAGAGGAAAACAUACCAGGCCAUCAAAGCUACACAAGCCAAGCUUGCUUUACUCGAGAAGAGAAAGAUAUCAAGAGGCAAACCGUUAAGAUUUAAGCGCUUGGAGGACUUUUUGAAAGACAGCCACAAGAAACACCGUGAUGAGACCCGUAUUCGUAGAGGUGAACACAGGCCACCCGCCCCUCUGCCUCCUGCUCAGAACAAGCUGGCUUUCGCUGUUCGGAUCAGAGAGAUUAAAGGCGUCAGCCCCAAAGUGAUGAAGGUGGUCCAGAUGAUGAGGCUGAGGAAGAUCUUCAGUGGGGCCUUUGUCAAAGUUAAUAAAACCUCUGUUGCUAUGAUGAAGAUAGUCGAGCCCUAUGUGGCUUGGGGAUUUCCCAAUUUGAAGUCGGUCCGUGAGCUCAUACUGAAGAGAGGUCAGACACGGGUCGGCAGGAGGAGAGUUCCUCUAACAGACAACACCUUCAUAGAGCAGCACAUGGGUAAACAUGGCAUCAUCUGUUUGGAAGACCUGAUCCACGAAAUCUACUCGGUUGGUAAGAGCUUCCGGCCGGCCAACAACUUCUUGCUGCCGUUCAAGCUGUCGGUGCCUCGUCAUGCUGCCAGGGAUAAAGCUGGGCUCCUGAAGGACCUGGGAAGCCCAGGCUUCCGCGGCUCUGACAUCAAUGCCAUCAUCAGACAACUGAACUGAGUAACAGCUGCAAGAUGGACCCUCAGCUACGUUUGUUUUGGAGCAAAGACCGGAGAUGACAACAUGUCUGAUUUAUUUUUUCUUUUGGUGAAGAAACUCAGUGGAUCUCAUGUUUUAUUAGUAACACAUACAACUCGCUGGGAGAUGACACAAAGACCAAAAAUAGUCUUUUUUUUUUUUUUUUUUGCCCAUGUUUUAGUUUUGCAGCUCAUAUUUACGUAGUGCUCUUCGUCACAGAUUGAAGCUCUCUGUUGAGGCUUUAACCACCUCCCCUCUGACGGUGACAGUAUUUUUCUAUUUGAGUUGCAUACGGCAGCGUUCCUCUGGUUAUCAGAGGAGUUGAGUACAUAAGCAGACAUUUUUAGAGGGGGCAUCCUCCAUUCAGGAGUUGGCAUCACUAAACAAAUAUUUACUGUGUUCACCAGUUUUCUGUGUUUAAAGGUAUAAAGUCUAAAAUUCUGCUCAGCAGUGGUUAAUAAAUUUGAUUGAUCCA